GCUUGUGUUGACACGCUGCACGAUUUACUACCAACUACACGGAACAAAUCCGUUUUAAUUGCUAGACAAAAAGGAAAUGGACACAAAAAGUAUCCUGGCGGACAGAAAUAUUUUGUGUUUAUUUGAUGUGGACGGAACGCUGACUCUACCGAGGGAGAAGAUUGAUCCUCAGUUGGAGGUGUUUUUCCAGUCCCUGCGUACUAAAGUAAAGAUCGGUGUGGUGGGGGGGUCAGACUACUCCAAGAUUGCUGAACAGCUCGGGGAUGAUGUCAUACACAAGUUUGACUACGUGUUUGCUGAAAAUGGCACUGUGCAAUACAAAGAUGGAAAACUGCUGUCCAAACAGGCGAUUCAGAACCAGCUCGGUGAAGAGCUGCUCCAGGAUCUCAUUAACUUCUGCCUCAGAUACAUGGGCCUCAUCAAGCUGCCCAAGAAGAGGGGCACAUUCAUUGAGUUUCGUAAUGGAAUGAUCAACAUCUCUCCUAUUGGACGGAGCUGCACUCUUGAAGAGCGAAUCGAAUUUGCAGAAAUUGACAAGAAAGAGAAGAUCAGGGAGAAGUUUGUCGCCGCCCUGCAGGAGGAGUUUGCAGGAAAAGGGCUGAGAUUCACCCGAGGGGGAUUGAUCAGUUUCGACGUGUUCCCUGAGGGCUGGGAUAAGCGUCUGUGUUUGGAUGUUCUAGAGGGAGAGGGAUUAGAAGCUAUUUAUUUCUUCGGGAAUGAAACUUCACUGGGUGGAAACGAUUAUGAAAUUUUUGAGGACCCCCGAACCAUUGGUUUCACCGUAUACUCCCCGGAAGACACGGCGCGGCUCUGCCGAGAAAUGUUCUGCAGUGCACCGCCCAACGAAGCCUAACAGCACAUGCGGUCAUUCACACAGACACAGACCAGGAUCGCCUAGUUGAAGCUUACUGGCACCUUCUGCUGUCCCUGAUUGGUACUACACCGACCGCAGCAUUGUACGUUAUGGACAAAAAAUCCUGAUGACAAACAUUAGCCAAAACAAAUAACCAGUAGGAAUCACCCUGAUCAACAACUACCUUGUUUACUGAAAUUAACCUUAAAAUUUUACUAAUGAAGUGACUGUUUUAUUUGUAAAAGCCUUUUCAGUGAUAGUGAUGGAGCUGAGAUUCAGUGAGCCCAGCUCCCAGUAUGAAUAUUACCUGACCUUUGUACUGAUUGUGCUGACUGUGGUCAUACACACAUGUAUCUUCUGGGUGCUCUUGAGCAGCUCUCAUUUAACAGUACAAAGUCCACAACCAUUGCAGAAGAACAGGGGCUGGUUGGAGAAACUCCCCAGUUUCCUCUCCCUACAUCCUCUAUUUGCGCUAUCCCGGAGUGCAGACCCAUUCUGCCCCCUGCUGGUUGGAUGACACUCUGUAGUAAAUCACUGGACUUGCACCACAACAGCACAGACAGAGCUGGCCAGCUCCUGCAACGGCGGAGCCGUGCCUCCAGCGCAGCCUAAUGGGAUCCUGACCAAACAUGCUUGAUUCAACUCAUCAGGCUUAGCAGGUGUGUUAGGAGCGAUACUGUCAAAACGUGCCGUAGCGCAGAUCUCCGAAGCUCCGGCUGGUCAGCUCAGCUCCAGAGUGUUCGAGGCAGCUGAUGACCGAGCUCGAUCCUUACCUGAACACAUCAGUAGAGGAGCACCAGGAGUGCAGGAGCGUCUUUCCUGACUACUCCAGGCAUUGAGAGCCAAUAAGCUAAACUGAUCCAGAGUCAGAACACCUGACAGCUGCAUAUGUGAACACAGCUGUGACCUUGUAUGUAAAUGUAGCUCUAAUAAGGAAAAAGGGCCUUUGAAAAGGCCAAUAUCCAUUUACAAUUAAAUUAAUUCUAAACUGACACAAGGUGCUAAAAUGUCACUAAUCCAAAUGUCAAUCUGUAUAGUACGGCUAUGCCAACAGUAGCUGUUUUUCUUUAAAUAACAGGAUGUAACUGUAAAACAGACCAAAGACGUCUGUCUGAAGCAUUUAAAAUGUCUGUGCUGGCUUAUGAAUAUGGCGUGACUUGAAAAUAACUCGUAUGUCAUUUUUAAUGGUUUCAUAUGGGAUGUAUGAAGUGGAGAAUCAGAUUCUACUGAUUCUGAGAAGCAACGUGAUCUGAACGCGACGUGAGACCAUUCAGUGCUCUCAUCCUGCUCGCAAUCUGCACAUGUCCUGAAAAACCAGGACCAGUAAAAUCACUCCGUCACUACGUGAACCAAGGAUGAUUGGGUGAUUACUGUCGCAAUCUGUUCUUUUCAGCGACUUGCCUUUUUGAUUGAAAUGGUUCACUUCUGUAUCAUGAUGUACAUUUUAUAUAUUUAUAUAUAUAUAUAUAUAUAUAUAUAUAUAUAUAUAUAUACAUACACACAUACAUACAUACAUACAUACAUGUUUUAAGCCUUUAAAAUGGGUCAGAGCAUGACUGGACAGAGUUUAUAGCCUGCCCACAUAACCGUUAACACACUCCCAUCACCAAGACUAAAACCUUUACCUCAUUUUGCAAAUUCUGUGUGAGAAAUCAGAAUCGUAUGAUUGACACUGUGUCUCUGCACUACCCAUUUAUUGUACGGAUGUAAUAAAUAUUUUUGGGAAAUUA